GAAUGCUUUUUCUUUCGUUUCUGUUACGGAAAUCUCCAGAUUUGGGGAUAAUCUGACCUAAUUUAUGUUAAUUGAAGUUUGAUGCUAGAAGUGCGAAGUGCUCCUUUUUCCUUCUUGCUAGUCUGCCUUACAUGCAAACAUAUAAAUUAAAAAGGCAUUGGGAACUAGUUUCUAGUGUCUCCAUCUAAAGACCCUGUUUCUAGUGAUAUAGACCCCAAACGAGCACCACCUGUUGAAGGGGGACGGGGAAAGCUAAAGGCCCUUGCCAAGUUUAUUUAUUUUUAUUAUUUAUUUCUGGAGCAAAAAAUGGAUUCAGAGGUAAUAGCAGAGGAGCUGCAAAACAUUGAGAUUGAGAUUCAUGAUGUUGAAGACGAAAUCCGGGAGUUAUUGGCGAGGCAAGAGAAAUUGUACGAGAGGCGAUCGGAACUGCAAGAUUUGCUGGGAACAUGCCCUAUAAAUGUCAAGGAUGUCUCGGCAACGACCACCAUGCAAGAAGAUUGGUCAGGGCCAUUUGAAUGGGAUUCUCAAGCCGAUGAUAUUAGGUUAAAUGUUUUCGGCAUAUCUUCAUAUCGCCCAAAUCAGCGAGAGAUCAUAAAUGCAGUGAUGAGUGGAAGAGAUGUUCUGGUGAUAAUGGCUGCAGGUGGUGGCAAGAGCUUUUGCUACCAGCUUCCUGCUAUCCUUCGUCCAGGAAUUGCUAUUGUAGUCAGUCCUUUGCUCUCUUUAAUACAAGAUCAGGUAAUGGGUUUGGUUGCCUCUGGCAUUCCAGCAAAUAUGCUCACAUCGACCACAAGUAAGGAAGAUGAGAAGUCCAUAUACAAGGCCCUGGAGAAAGGUGAAGAAGACUUAAAAUUAUUAUAUGUCACACCUGAAAAAGUAUCCAAAAGCAAGAGAUUUAUGUCCAAACUUGAAAAAUGCCAUCAUGCUGGUCGUCUCUCUCUAAUUUCCAUUGAUGAGGCUCAUUGCUGUAGUCAAUGGGGUCAUGAUUUUCGCCCUGAUUACAAAAAUCUUGGUAUACUCAAAACUCAGUUUCCAAAUGUACCUGUUGUAGCUUUAACCGCAACUGCUACAAUGAAAGUCCAGAAUGAUCUGAUUGGGAUGCUGCAUAUUCCAAAAUGCGUAAAGUUUGUCAGCACCGUCAACCGGCCAAAUCUAUUUUAUAUGGUCCGAGAGAAGUCAUCUGUUGGAAAGAUGGUUAUUGAUGAAAUAGCUAAAUAUAUAAAAGAAUCCUAUCCAAAUAAGGAAUCUGGCAUAGUUUAUUGCUUUUCCAGAAAAGAAUGUGAGCAGGUUGCAAGUGAGUUACGUGAGAGGGGAAUAUCAGCUGAUUAUUACCAUGCUGACAUGGAUGUAACUGCUCGUGAGAAAGUUCACAUGCGAUGGAGCAAAAACAAAUUGCAGGUCAUUGUUGGUACAGUUGCAUUUGGAAUGGGAAUCAACAAACCUGAUGUUAGGUUUGUAAUCCAUCAUAGCCUGAGUAAAUCAAUGGAAACAUAUUACCAGGAAAGUGGCCGAGCUGGUAGAGAUGGACUCCUGUCUGAGUGUUUGCUCUUUUUUAGGCCUGCUGAUGUUCCUAGACAGAGUGCUAUGGUCUUCCAUGAAAACUCUGGAUUGCAGAACCUUUAUGACAUAGUUCGAUAUUGUCAGUCUAAAAGACAAUGUCGCCGAAGUGCCUUUUUCCGGCAUUUUGCUGAGCCAUUACAAGAGUGCAAUGGGAUGUGUGACAACUGUGCAUUCUCAAGUGAGAUUAGGGAAGUGGAUGCUUCGGGUCAUGCAAAACUUGUGAUUUCUCUGCUGCAAGCUAUGCAAGAUGUAGAUCAAAGAAUGACAAUGUUGCAGUUGGUGGACAGAUUGAAAAAUAAGCAAAGGCAACUAGAUUUUGAACUAAAGAGGGAAGAGAUGGAACAGCUCGUAGUACAGCUUAUAAUAAACCGUGUCUUGAAGGAAGAAUUUCAACAUACAGCUUAUGCUACAAAUGCUUAUGUUAAAGUAGGGCCAACAGCAAACCUAGUCAUGCAAGGGAAAAAAAUCAUUAAGAUGGAACUUGGUAGCAUAUUGAACGGUAUGGAUGAUAUGCGGAAAUCCAUUAAACAUGGUGUCACAUCGGGUUUGGAGUCUAAGCUAGAUGAGCUGAGGAAGGAACUCGCAUCUCACGAUGAGGGAAUAUUCCCUCAUUCCGUGUUGUCUGGCCAACAGAUCAGCAGCAUAAGUGCCAAUCUACCAAAAUCAAUUGAAGAGUUAGAAAAGAUUAUUGGGAAGUUAAAGACAGAAAAGUAUGGGGAGAGAAUUCUUGAAGAAGUAAAAAAGUAUGGUAAUGCAGAGCAUCCAAAUAACGACGAGUCGAAUAAAGAACAAAGCACUGAAGAAGAGGGACAUCACGGACAUACUAGAAAGAAGCUGAAGACCGACAAACAAGUUAUUAUGGUGGACAGCAGUAAUGAUGAAGCUGAAGCGUGAACACCCUUAAACUGCAUCUAUCCCUUGUCUACGCCCAUAUUUUCCCAUGCAUUUCAGGGCUUUUACCAAUAUGCUCCAACCUUUUUACUUGUUUUGGCUGAUAGAAGG